UCUCAAACACACGCCGCUUUCUCGCUUUCUAAACCCUAAACCGAAGCAACCAACCCAUACUGCUGGUUUCAGUAAAAAAAAAACGAAAAGGGAGAGAUGAGCGGAGAGGUGGCGCAGCCGAUGACGACGGUGCCGGAGAUUAUAUUGAAGAAGAGGAAAAGUAAUGAGGAAUUGGCUUUGAGGAGAAGAGAGCAGUUGGAGCAGAGGAAGUUUCGGCAGAGCCAAAAGAGCAAGCAGGAGUUCAUCAAGAAGCCUGAGGACUUUGUCAAAGAGUUUCGCUACCGGGAGGUGGACCUUGUCCAAAUGAAACACAGGUUGAAGAGAAAGAGGCCAGCAUUAGAGACAACUAACCCCAAGCUUCUUUUCAUUAUUCGCAUAGGAGGGAAAAAUGACAUGCAUCCUGCUGUCAGGAAGCACUUAUACAGCUUAAACUUGAGGAAAAUCUUCAGUGCUGUUUUUGUGAGAGCUGACGAAGCAAUGUUGGAAAAGCUGCAGAGGAUUGAGCCUUAUGUUACCUAUGGGUAUCCUAACCUUAAGAAUGUGAAGGAGUUGAUUUACAAGAAAGGUUAUGCAAAGAUAAACAAGCAAAGAGUUCCGCUGACAGACAAUAACCUGAUUGAAGAGGCACUGGCGAAGUAUAAUAUUAUAUGCUUAGAAGACAUAGUGCAUGAAAUUGCCUCUACUGGUAAAUAUUUCAAGGAGGCUGCCGGCUUUCUAUGGCCCUUUACACUCAACAAGCCAGAAGCAGGAUUGAAAGGAGUAAAAGCGCGUUUCCAAGAUGGUGGAGACACCGGUAAUCGUGAGGAUAAAAUCAAUGAACUAAUUAGCAAGAUGAACUAGCAUGAAAACAGCAGGUUUUAAUCUCAUUAUUGUAAGGCCUUGACAUUAUCGAUUGUUCUUUAUCUAUACUGGAAACAAUGUUUGUGUAAUGACUUUGAUGCAGUUAUGCUGUUCAAUUUUGAAUCUUC